AAAGAAUAUGCACCACAAGCUUGUCCACAGGCCAGUCUGGUGGGUCAUUAUCUCAGUUCAGGUUCCUUCUUUCAAAAUGACCCUAGCUGUGUCAAGUUGACAUAGAACUAAGAAAGCACAGUGCAACAAUACAACACACACACACACACUGAAUAGAUAAGACAAUAAAAAUAUUUUUUAGAGCUGGUAUUAUAACUUAAAAUCAUUCUGAUACAACUUCUGGUAUUAUAACUUAAAAUCAUUCCUAUACAAUUUAUUGGAAAUAACAUCUAAUGUUUAGGAAUGGUUAACCACUGUUGACUUUAUUCCAAAGCAUUGAAUACACAGACACACACACACACACACACACACACACACACACACACACACACACACACACACACACACACACGAAUAUAUAUAGCACGUUUUGUCAUUUGUUCAUUUUUUGAGACAGGGUUUUCUCUCUGUAACAGUCCUAGCUGUCCUGGAACUCACUCUGUAGACCAGGCUGGCCUGGAACUAACAGAGAUCCAACUGCCUCUGCCUCCUGAGUGCUGGCAUUAAAGGCAUGUGCCACCACACCCAGCUUAUAUCUUUGUUUUUGUUCUCAACUGCCUCUUAAAGUCCCAAGAGUUAGUACUCUGCUCUGGUUUGACUUUAUCUUCCAUUCCUUUAUUGUUUUUGAAGUUUUGUGUUCCAGGAACUUUUAUUUGGGAACAGAAUUUUAAUACUUAAUAGAAUUUUUUGAGAAUGAACUUUAGUUUUAUAUCUUAUAUAAAGCUUCGAGUAUGAGAGCAUAGCAUGUAAUAGCUACCCAAUAAAUGACAGCUGUUGUAAUUUAGCUUUGACCUACAGGUCCCUCUCUUGAGUGUAAGUGUUUGUGUGUGUGUGUGUGUGUGUGUGUGUGUGUGUGUGUGUGUGUGUGUGUGUGUGUGAUGGAGUUAAAGAAUGUGGGCCUUGAGAAACAAUUGCUUAGUUCAUAUGAAACUUCUGCCACUGUUAUGCCCAGAUCUCAGGGACCUCCAAAAGACCACCACGGAGAUGGAAUCCCACAUGUAAAAGCAAAGAGCCUUUAUUCUCUUUAAGCUCUGAGCUUGGUCUCUCUGUCUAUCUGAGAACAGAGAGCCCUGAGCUCAAGUGGGGUAGAGUUUUUAUCAUAGCAGUGGUUGGGGUGGAGGGAUUUCCAGGGUUCAGGACCCUGAUUGGCUGACAAUUGUCUAGGGAUAUCUGUAAUAACAAAAAUAGGUGUGUGCUAGACUCAGGGAUAUCUGUCCACCUUAUCUAAUGGUUGGAAUGCUUGGGAUGUUAGGUACUUCUCCAUCCCUGGGUAGAUCCCUGGGUGGUAUCAGCUCAUGGCUUUUCCUGGAUCUGGGUGUUGCCUUCCAGUAAGCUUGUCACAGAAGCUAUGUCUAGGCCCCUAAGCCUGUCAUGGCUGCUGUGUGGUCAAGCUGUUUUGGGGCCCCUCCACACCACCUUGCUGAGUGAUCUCUCUAACUGGGUUUCCUUAUCUUCAAAAUGGAGAUACAGAUACUAUUUUAGGUCUUUGGGGGAAAUUCAGUAGUGUGGAGCCCUGAGAACAGUGCCCAGCAUAUCAUAAGUACUAUCUAAAUAAAUACUGACAAUUGUGCUGACAGAUUGUAUUGCUGUUAUUUCCUAACAUGGAGUUCUAUAUAUUUUUUAAUUGAUUAUGCAUCAUUGCCCCCACCAGUAAUUCCAAAUUAUAUUCCCAAUGUCAGGAGUGAAUCUAAGACCUCAUGCAUGUCAGGCAAGUGCAUCACCACUUUCCUUGGCCCAAAUUCCUGUUACUCUAGUAUCUCUGCUCUCUCUGCCUUCUUAGAUGGAGUUUUUCUUCUUCCCUUUUCAUAAAUUAACUCCAAGGAACAUUUUUUUAACAAACAGUAAAACACUGUCUUAUACCAAAUGUGUUUACAAACAGGCAUGCAGUCUUAAACUAAAAACUGUAAGAGCUGUCUAUUAUUAACUGUAAUCAUUGAUCAGCAUGGUUUUUUUCUAGAUUUAUACUUUUAUCUCCCAUAGAGUUUAAAGAAAACUUAUUUUGCAGAAAAGUUGGCGUCAUGUUGCAGUGAAGUAAUUUACCCCAGUGUGUGUUCUGCAGUCUGUGGCCACUGCAGCAGCAGGGGCUGCUUCUGUCUUAAUGGGAGGCAGAGUGGUCACAUGGCUUUUCCAGAACUGAUCUGAUUCUCACUGCCAAGGCUGUACUUGUAGUUAAAAACUGAAAGACUCCUGUUCUGGGCAGUCCAUAGCUGUUGCUUGGAGCCCCAGUAAUCCCUCAUUGACUGGACCCAUUCAGCACCCCCUGAUCCAACAGCUAAAGGGUUGGCACCUGGAGGCCUUUGGGUUCCAGCUCAAGCUGGUGGUUAAAUAUUCUGAGCAUAGGCUCUGGACCUCCCCAGUGCCAUUGGUUAUUCCUGCAAUGUUAGAUUGAAGCAAACGUUUCCCAGUUGUCAAGAGCAGAGCACUACAUGUUAUCUGUCUUGCUGGAUUCUUGUUUGGGAGAGGAUGGACAGCAGGCCACACACAUCUUUGGGGUUGGGAACAGUGAGGAUUGGUGCUUAUCUUCCUUGGCCCUCUUUUGGCAUAUGUCCCUCGUCUGUGAGUUGAGGUCCUGACUCUCUUCCUGUUCAUUUUUUUUGUUUUGUUUUGUUUUUUGAGAACACAAGGAAGAGACACCUCUCUCUGAAGAUGAAUUCAAGUGCUCCUAAUGCCACCUUGGUGUAUAUGCCUCCCUUGCUGGGAGGAAACAGCACUUCUGUCCAGGAAGAUCUUCGAGAUUUUAUCCACACGGCAACACUGGUGACCUGCACUUUUCUGCUUGCCAUCAUCUUUUGUCUAGGCUCUUAUGGAAACUUUAUUGUUUUCUUGUCUUUCUUUGACCCAGCCUUCAGGAAGUUCAGAACCAACUUUGAUUUCAUGAUCCUGAACUUGUCUUUCUGUGACCUCUUCAUCUGUGGGAUUACAGCUCCCAUGUUCACCUUUGUGCUAUUCUUCAGCUCAGCGAGGAGCAUCCCAGAUACUUUCUGCUUCACCUUUCACCUUACCAGUUCAGGCUUCAUCAUCAUGUCCCUCAAGAUGGUGGCUGUGAUUGCCCUGCACCGACUUCGAAUGGUGCUGGGGAAGCAACCUAAUUGCACAGCCUCCUUUUCCUGCAUCUUGCUCCUCACCCUGCUUCUCUGGGCCACCAGUUUUACCCUUGCCACCUUGGCUACGCUGAGAACCAGUAAGUCUCACCUGUGUCUCCCCAUGUCCAGUCUGAUGGCUGGGGAAGGGAAAGCCAUUCUCUCUCUGUAUGUUGUUGACUUUACCUUCUGUGUUGCUGUGGUGUCUGUCUCUUACAUCAUGAUUGCUCAGACCCUUCGGAAGAAUGCUCAAGUCAAAAAGUGUCCCCCUGUGAUCACAGUUGAUGCUUCUAAACCACAGCCAUUCAUGGGGGCCUCUGGGAAGGAAGGUGAAGAUCCUAUCCAGUGUACUAUGCCAGCUUUGUACAGGAACCAGAAUUACAACAAACUGCAGCACAUUCAGACUCAUGGAUAUGCUAAGAAUCCUAACCAGAUGCAGAUCCCCUCUGCCAAUCGACUCCAGCUGAUAUCGGCCAUCAACCUUUCUACUGCCAAGGAUUCCAAAGCUGUGGUUACCUGUGUGAUCAUUGUGUUGUCGGUCCUAGUGUGCUGUCUCCCUCUGGGGAUUUCCCUGGUGCAGGUGGUUCUGUCAGACAAUGGGAGCUUCAUCCUUUACCAGUUUGAACUGUUGGGAUUUACUCUGAUAUUUUUCAAGUCAGGAUUAAAUCCUUUUAUAUACUCUCGCAAUAGUGCUGGGCUGAGAAGGAAGGUGCUCUGGUGCCUGCAGUACCUUGGCCUGGGCUUUCUCUGCUGCAAACAGAAGACUCGACUUCGAGCCAUGGGAAAAGGGAACCUGGAAAUCAAUAGAAACAAAUCUUCCCACCAUGAGACAAACUCUGCCUACAUGCUGUCUCCAAAGCCACAGAAGAAAUUUGUGGACCAGGCUUGCGGCCCAAGUCACUCAAAGGAAAGUGUGGUAAGUCCCAAAGUAUCUGCUGGACACCAGCACUGUGGUCAGAGCAGCUCGACGCCCAUCAACACUCGGAUUGAACCUUACUACAGUAUCUAUAACAGCAGCCCUUCUCAGGAGGACAGCAGUCUGGGAAAGUUACAGCCAGUAAACUCUUUUGGAUUUGCCAGUUCGUACAUUGCCAUGCACUAUUACACCACUAAUGAUCUGAUGCAGGAGUAUGACAGCACAUCAGCAAAGCAGAUUCCCAUCCCCUCUGUUUAAAAUCACAAGGCCAGAGAAUCUGGAGGGAAUGGUUUCCCAAAACUGGAUAAGCCUUUAGAAGAUUUUGAGGUCAUUGGCAAAGCAAAAUUUGAAGAGCCCGCUGAAGUUGAUCGUUAGAUUUUCUUUUGUCUGAGAUAUUAGUAUCCAGAUUUGCUUCAUGGUUUCUCGACAUUUUAAGAUUUGAUGUAAAAGUUUAUUUCAAUUUUUACUCUGAUGUGUGUCCCAAUCUUUUGUACAAAACUACUAAGAAAACGCCAGGAACAAUUCUACCGAUGACAACCCUUUGUGUCAGUGUUAUGGGUCUUUAGAUAUGUAUUGGCCACAUUUUUUAAAGGUAUUUUAAAAAAUGAUCUUUCUGAAGUGUUAUUUUUAUAAAAAAUACAGAAUUUGAGUCUCUGAAGUACCGAAAUAGAAAACAGUAUACUUUUUUGGUGGCAAGUUGAUUUAAAUGAAAAACUUACUGUUAAAGCAGAAAAUAGAAAUGUGUUACCUGUACCUCUGUCCUUAUCAAAAGUUCUCACCCAGUGUGAGGUACUCCCCUUAUAACACAGCUACCUAACAACACAGAGUUGUGAUUCUUGUCACUUCUUACUAUACACAUUGUUGUUUUUUGUCAAUUGAGUAGCUAGUUUUACAAAAUGUUUUUGGUAGUUACCAGUUAAUUGCUGUUCCAGAAGGACCUUAACCAAGAAUCAUACAUAGUUGAGGACUGCAGUCCAGCAUGGGCACUGUUCUCAGAGAACAGACAGAGUGGGUUUCAGCAGUUACCCUUAUUUAGCAAGGCAUAAAGAUACAGUUGUGGGGAUUGACGUAGGUUUUCCUUCUGUAUGAGUAGAAUUUAGUAGGUAGCCACCAGACAGUGUUCACAUAGAUAUUCAGAAAUAAACUAAUUUAAAUAUUGCUAUGGAAAAAAUUUCAAGGUGAUCUAUUAAUAUUUUCAGAUGGAGGUUUUUAGGUUUUGACUUUUUUUCCUUAUUCUAUUUUUAUGGGGCUGGAGAUUGAGCCUAGGUCCGUGUGCAUGUUAGGCAACCAGUCCAUCACUGAACUACAUCCCUAGCUCUAAAUUAAUUGUUUUAUAUUCUCAUUAACCUUAAACUAGAAAUGAGCAACAAUGUUAUUCUUACACCUGAAACUAAUUUUAUUAGGUACUCUGAUUACUAGGAGAACAGCUGUGAAAUCGUAUUUUUAAUGUAAAAGCAUUUUGGUUAUGCAGUUAGGAUUUGAAUUCACUAGAAUUUUGGAAAACUAUUAGACCCAAAAUAGAGUAUCUUUACAAACUGUUAUAUCCAACUAUUAUUCUCAAAGCUCAUAAGUACACAGAACAGAAGGCACUCAGCUCAGAGCACCCUCCCCCAGGCUCUCCUCACACUCCAAGCUCACAGGAGAUGCUGGCCAAGCCUCCUGCAGCUACAAUACUUCCUAAUGCUCACCAGUCAGGUCUGUUGUGGAGAAUUAAGUGUGAGAACAGAUUUCAAAUUCACCUUCUGGAACUGGCCUGCCCGGUUCUCUCCUCCUCUUCCUCCCUCCUGUGCCUCCCUUUCUUUUUUCUUGCUAAGUCUUACAGCAUAUCCACUCUCCUUCAUUUUGGUGACUGGAUACUCUUUUGGAAAUCACUUUUACCUGUUUCAACUGUAUUUGUAUCAAUUCACCACAAUGUGGUUCUCACUAACAUUCCCAUGAGACAGAUUCAGUACAGACCUUUCUUCAACAAACAGUUAAGACAUCUAAGACCCUCUCCCAAAAUCAUUUGGAGAAUUCUGGCAAAUAACCAAUUAGAUUUCUUUUUCUUUUCUUUUCUUUUCUUUUCUUUCUUUUUUUUUUUCAAGACAGGGUUUCUUUGUGUAGCCCUGGCUAUCCUGGAACUAGCUCUUUAGACCAGACUGACCUGAACUCAAAGCUCCUCCUGCCUCUGCCUCCUACAUGCUGAGAUUAAAGGCAUGUGCCACCAUCACCCACCACCAAUUAGGCUUUUGUCUUAAUUGAAAACUUAAUACUUAGUCCAAUAAAGCAAGCAAAUUUGUAUCAAUAACAAGAUUAUUCACACUUUUAAAGGUAUAUAUUUCUGGGGCUUGGGAGAUGGCUCAGAGGUUAAGACCACUUGUUCUUCUUAUGGGGGAUCCAAGUUCAGCUCUCAGUACCCACACAGUGGUUCAUAGCCAUCUGUAACCCCAGUUCUCUGGGAUCCAAUGCCCUCUGCCGACCACUAUGGGCACUGGACACAUAUGAUGCACAGAUAUACAUGCAAGCAAAACAAUCAUACACAUAAAAUAAAAUUAAAUCUUUAAAAUAUUUGAAAAAUUACAUUCAUAAAAAUGUAUACAUCUCUUUUGAGGGAGCAGUCUUUUAAAAUGUGACUUAACAAAAGGUUAUAAAAAUUACUACUUGUAAAUUUUUAAAUGUUAGGUUUCCUGUGUGACCUUUGUGUUUGAAAUUAUUUGACCAGCAUGGGGCCCAUUUUUGAGAAGUAAAAAUCAUAGAAUAGAGAAGACAAAGCAUGUACAUAGAAAGUAUUCAAUUUCUUUAUAUUCAUCAAGAAAUUAUUGACUUAAUUUGCAUGAAAUACAUAGUGGGCUAUAUUCUUGGCUCCCCUCUUUAAAUAGAGAGAUGAACCUUGUUUCUUCAUAAGCUACAUAUGUCUGUCUAUACCAGUAUAAUGAUCAUAUUGUUAUAAAUAGACAUAUAUAACUUGUCUUCUCACAAGGGCUAAAAUAUUAUAAAUCAAAGUAAUGAGAGUUCAGUUGAAUAUGAUUAAUUUGCAGAGUACAUUAAUUUUUCUCUUGAUGCCAACUGUGUGCAAAUUAUAUAUCUCUAAAACAUUUUAUAAUCAGUGUUCUGAUGUUAACCAUUAGGCCAGAUUUUUAUUUCUGGUGUUUGUUUUAAUGGAAUUUUAAAUUAAGGUUGGAAAAUAAAAAUACCGCAAAUCCUAA